GUGUAUCGGAGGCAGGCAGAAGAGAUGGCCGGCCACGUACCCGCUCCUCAUAGCUGAUGCCCUGCUUGGGGGCAGAUUGUGUGCAUGGGUAUGCAAUUCUCCGAGUCGCUGACGGCCAACGACGUGUUGGCAGCUAGGUCCAAUGGCCGAUGUGCAUCAUAUGGCGCGCGCUCUGGCAUCUGGCGAGACUCUGGUUGCCGGGCCAGGUGGCUGGAAAUAGGACGUCUGGUGGUCCUUUGAUGGAGAGCGCUUGAGAAGAGAUGGAAAGAUAGGCUCAAAUCGAUCGAGGGAGUGUCGAGAGUCGAGACGCUGAACGGUGCCGCGCGCGGAGUGAAGCACGAAAUGAAUUUUGAAAAACGAAUUCUCGGUUUUUUGUUUUUGUUUCUUGUGAAUCUGGGCGACUAAGGCGAUGUCAAACAGGUCGCGAAUGGAUACAGGCGCUUGGUAAAGAAUCGCGAGGCAGA